AUGGCGGGCAACGACAACUGGAUCAACAGCUACCUCGACGCCAUCCUAGACGCCGGAAAGGCCGCCAUCGGCGGCGACCGGCCCUCCCUCCUCCUCCGCGAGCGCGGCCAUUUCUCCCCUGCGCGCUACUUCGUCGAGGAGGUCAUCACCGGCUACGAUGAGACCGACCUCUACAAGACAUGGCUACGCGCGAACGCCAUGCGGAGCCCGCAGGAGAGGAACACGCGGCUCGAGAACAUGACGUGGAGGAUCUGGAACCUUGCAAGGAAGAAGAAGGAGUUCGAGAAAGAAGAAGCUUGUCGUUUGUCAAAACGCCAGCCAGAAACUGAGAAAACACGAGCUGAUGCUACUGCAGAUAUGUCUGAAGAUCUCUUUGAAGGAGAAAAGGGAGAAGAUGCUGGUGAUCCAUCUGUUGCAUAUGGGGACAGCACCACAGGGAGCUCACCUAAGACAAGUUCAAUUGACAAGCUAUACAUAGUAUUGAUCAGUCUACAUGGUCUGGUCCGUGGUGAGAAUAUGGAGCUUGGACGAGAUUCAGAUACGGGUGGCCAGGUCAAAUAUGUGGUUGAACUUGCUAAAGCACUAAGUUCAUCUCCUGGAGUUUACCGGGUUGAUCUGCUAACAAGACAAAUCUUAGCACCAAAUUUUGAUCGUAGUUAUGGCGAACCUGCAGAAAUAUUGGUUUCAACAAGUGGUAAAAAUUCUAAACAAGAAAAAGGAGAAAGUAGUGGCGCAUAUAUAAUUCGGAUACCGUUUGGUCCAAAAGAUAAGUAUCUAGCUAAAGAACAUCUAUGGCCUUUCAUUCAAGAAUUUGUUGAUGGUGCACUCAGCCAUAUUGUGAGGAUGUCAAAAGCCAUAGGUGAAGAAACUGGCCGCGGGCAUCCAGUAUGGCCUGCUGUGAUUCAUGGGCAUUAUGCCAGUGCAGGAAUUGCUGCUGCGUUACUUUCUGGUGCACUUAACCUUCCUAUGGCGUUCACAGGACAUUUUCUUGGGAAAGAUAAAUUGGAAGGGCUUCUCAAACAAGGGAGACAAACUAGGGAACAGAUAAAUAUGACAUACAAAAUAAUGUGCCGAAUUGAGGCAGAGGAGCUAUCUCUUGACGCAUCUGAGAUUGUCAUUGCAAGCACUAGGCAAGAAAUAGAAGAGCAGUGGAACUUGUAUGAUGGUUUUGAGAUUAUACUUGCAAGGAAGCUCCGAGCCAGAGUUAAACGUGGUGCUAAUUGUUAUGGCCGUUUUAUGCCUCGUAUGGUUAUAAUUCCUCCUGGAGUUGAAUUUGGUCACAUUAUUCACGAUUUUGAUAUGGAUGGUGAAGAAGAGAAUCCAUCCCCAGCAUCUGAGGAUCCACCUAUUUGGUCUCAGAUAAUGCGCUUCUUUACAAAUCCUAGGAAGCCUAUGAUUCUAGCUGUUGCUCGCCCCUAUCCUGAGAAGAAUAUUACUACGCUUGUAAAAGCAUUUGGUGAAUGUCGGCCACUAAGGGAGCUUGCAAACCUUACAUUGAUAAUGGGUAACCGUGAAGCUAUAUCUAAGAUGCACAAUAUGAGUGCUGCUGUCUUGACAUCAGUGCUUACAUUGAUUGAUGAAUAUGACCUGUAUGGUCAAGUGGCAUACCCCAAGCAUCAUAAGCACUCGGAAGUUCCUGACAUUUAUCGUUUAGCUGCAAGAACAAAGGGGGCUUUUGUAAAUGUAGCUUACUUCGAACAAUUUGGAGUUACUCUGAUUGAGGCUGCUAUGAAUGGUUUGCCUAUAAUUGCGACAAAAAAUGGAGCCCCUGUUGAAAUUAAUCAGGUCCUGAACAAUGGCCUCCUUGUUGAUCCGCACGAUCAGAAUGCCAUUGCGGAUGCGCUAUAUAAACUUCUUUCUGACAAACAACUUUGGUCAAGGUGCAGAGAGAAUGGACUGACAAAUAUUCACCAAUUCUCGUGGCCUGAACAUUGCAAGAAUUACCUGUCAAGGAUAUUAACUCUUGGCCCAAGGUCUCCUGCUAUUGGUAACAGAGAGGAGCGGAGUAAUACACCUAUUUCAGGAAGGAGGCAUAUCAUUGUUAUUUCUGUAGACUCUGUUAACAAGGAAGAUCUAGUCAGGAUAAUCAGAAAUGCUAUUGAGGUCAUACAUACACAAAACAUGUCGGGUUCAACUGGUUUUGUGCUGUCAACUUCGCUGACAAUAUCAGAGAUACAUUCAUUGCUACUAUCUGGAGGCAUGCUUCCCACUGAUUUCGAUGCUUUCAUCUGCAAUAGUGGGAGUAACAUUUACUAUCCUUCAUAUUCCGGUGAAACCCCAAACAACUCCAAGAUUACAUUUGCAUUAGACCAAAAUCACCAGUCACAUAUCGAGUAUCGUUGGGGAGGAGAAGGACUAAGGAAAUAUCUUGUCAAGUGGGCCACUUCAAUGGUAGAAAGAAAGGGAAGGACAGAGAGGCAAAUUAUUUUUGAAGAUCCAGAACACUCUUCAGCCUAUUGUCUUGCAUUUAGAGUUGUUAAUCCCAAUCAUCUUCCUCCUUUAAAGGAGUUGAGGAAGUUGAUGAGAAUCCAAUCUCUCCGUUGCAAUGCAUUGUAUAACCACAGCGCUACCAGAUUAUCUGUAGUCCCUAUCCACGCAUCACGAUCUCAGGCUCUAAGGUACUUGUGUAUACGUUGGGGGAUAGAGGUGCCAAACGUUGCAGUCCUUGUGGGUGAAAGUGGCGAUUCGGAUUAUGAGGAACUGCUGGGGGGUCUCCAUAGGACCAUAAUCCUGAAGGGCGAGUUCAACACCCCAGCAAACAGGAUCCACACGGUGAGGAGAUACCCCUUACAGGAUGUCGUCGCACUCGACAGCUCCAACAUCAUCGGUGUCGAAGGUUACACCACGGAUGACUUGAAGUCUGCCCUGCAGCAGAUGGGUAUACUCGCACAAUAA